AUGAGGCUGCAGAAGCUGGAACAGCAGCGGCGGUUGUUUGAGAUGAAGCAGCGACGGAAGCGCCAAGAGCCCCUCAUGGUUCAGGCCAAUCCUGACGCUUCCCUGCGGCCCCGGCGACCGCGGCAGCGGGAGGAGCGCUUCUCGGGUGACAGCGAAUGGGCCUCGCCGUACCUUCUCCCAGGCCCCGGGAACCCUUUCCUUCAGGAGAACGUGCCAGAGACACAUCUGCGCCCUGGUGCCCGCAGUGUCCUGAGCACCGUGAGCUGCGGUGGAGAUGGCAGUGGCGACCGUGGACCCCUGGUAUCGCCGACAGAAAGAGGCAGUUCCGAUCUCGAGUUGGAGGAAGUCUCCGUGGAGGAUAUUCCUGCCUCACCACCUCCUUAUGAAGAGCCUCCGGGGACUCGGCGCAGGGGUUGGCCAGCCCGCCAACGACCUGGGGGCAGUGCUGAGGACGAGAGCGAAUCCCAGGAUGUUGGAGAUGAACACGAGGUGCCCAGUCCGAGACCAAACCCUGGAAUGGUUGGUGACGGGGGCCAUGGAGACUUAGCCUCCAACAAGGUGGGAGGUGGCACAGGCAAUAAGGACAUAGGAGGAGGAGGGCUAGUUUCGGACUCUAGUGGGGACGGGACUCUAAAAUUCUGCAGCCCAGUCAAGGGCCCUUUUUACUGGUGAGUGGAACCUGUUAUGUUUGGGCUAGCAGAGGCGCACCAUUUAUUGAGUCAAUCUAGAGGAUUUGAAUUGAUGUGAGUAUAUACAUUAAAACCCAGCCCCUCGAAAGGCAGCGAGCUUUGGAAAGGGUGAGAAAGGGCCAACUGGCCCUCACUUUGCUACUGAUGAAAGUGAGAUAGUUUCAGUUGAGUAGACCCAAUGAACAUUGGUAUUAGAGGAAUGGGCAAUGCUUUCAAAGGCAUUCUCCAAUCGGUAGGUGGAAUGGGUGUGGCUGCAGAGGGAGGCUAAUGGUGCUGGCCAAUCAACACUUGAAGAGGGCUUGGUGGGGUGGGCCCCUUGAAUGUACUGGCCAAUCAGAAAGUGGCUUAGAUGCUUGACCAAUAGACAGAAAACUCGGUCGAAAGAGGGCGUAACCCUGAGUUGGAAUGGCCAAUCGCUAGUUGGCAAGGCGUUGGGGGGGGGAGGGCGGGUCUCGGCUGUCCCUCAACUUGAAUUUGGCACGUGGGCUAGGGCGAAGACCUGCAAGAGAAGAAAGAGGAGUCGGAGUCUACAGUGAGGAACUUCCCAUGGGCGACCGACGAAGAGGUGUCCGAGGCCCCGGAAGGCGCGGGCGGCGCGGGCAACA